AAAUGAUGAGAGAUGCAGAACCAGAGGACUUUUGGUCCCCUGUUGUUAUAAUUUUUGGAAUUCAGGUCAUCUGUUAUAUAGCAGCUUUGAUAAUGAAAGAUAAUAGUAUUGUCGAUAUUUUCUGGGGAUUGAUAGUCAGCUGAUCCAUGACAAUCAUCUUAGUACUGAAUAACAAUUGGCAUCAUCGAACCAUCGUCACACUAAUACUGAUCUGGCUCUGGGGUAUCAGAAUGGCAGUCUACGUUGUACUAAAGCAUAACGGUGAAGAUUGGCGUUUUGCUGAUAUGAGAGAGAAAUUCCGUAGAGCUGGUGGAAAAGCCCUUGAAAUCAUACUUUCAGGGGUCCUCUUCUUUAUGACUGGCUUGACAAUGCUGCUUAUUUCUAGCUCAGCUCAUUUCAUUGCAAUUUACUCGCAUGAGAAUGAUGAUCUUUUCGUUCUUGAAUGGAUUGGUUGGGUAAUUAUCUUUGUAUGUAUCAUCCUUGAGUUUGUCUCGGAUAUACAACUUCUUGUGUUUAAAAAGAAGAAAGAUAAUAAGGGCAAACUUUGCAUGACAGGGCUAUGGAGAUGGUCCAGACACCCUAAUUUCUUUUUUGAAGCAGUUGUCUGGUGGGGCUUUUACAUUACAGCUUGUUCUAUUAAGUGGGGAUACAUUACAAUUUGGGCUCCAGUGGUUAUAACACUAACCCUUCGCUAUGUUUCAGGGGUCCCAUUGAUAGAAGAAAAGUAUAAAGAUAGAGAAGACUUUGAACAGUAUAAGAAGCAGACUAAUUGCUUUAUUCCAUGGUUCCCUAAAUCAGCAAGCCAAGUAACUCAGAGGAUCAUUGUUGAGAACCCUGAGAAAGAGAGAAGAAGGAACUUGCCAUAA